GUUGUGAAAAAGAAAGAAGGUCCAAAAAGGCAGUGCUGCUUAAACGGACGAUCCGAAGAAUAAAACACCCAUUUGCCCUCUCUCUCUCUGUGGAAAGAUCCUCAUUGUGCAAAAUACUUCAUAUAUUAUUAUAAAAAAGAAAAAGAAAAAAAAGGUUGUGCUGUUUCAUUUCAACCACUUUCUUAUCAAUCUGCAGAGUAUUUUUCCUUUUUCCAUUUUCCUUUUUGGUUUCUGGGGUCCUAAUCUCUUAUACUAAACGAUCUCGAGGUGGGUUUGGCCUUAUUUCAAUGCAAAUGAUUUAGAUAAGCCAGAGAAAUCUGAAAGAGAUUGAAAGGACAAUUUUGAUACAAAGAGUCUCUGUGAUCAUGGCGGUUGCUGAGAAUGCUAGUCAAAAUUUUGAGAAUACUACUACUGUAGUAUCAUCAUCGGACUCGAAUGCCCAGAAUGAUCUUGAAAAAUCUAAACCCAGAAAUGAUCCCAUGGAGAACAUGAAUGAUCAGAAGGAAAGACCAGCAGCUGGGACAGCAGCAACGACUUUCUCAGUGGCCACAGGCAAUUACAAGGCUCAGAUGGGUCAGAUGGCAAAUGGGUUUGACUCCAAUGGGGUCAAGAGCCAGCAGAUGGGGGUGGUGAAGUCCGGUGGUGGGUAUGGCAGUAAUAAUCAGAGGGCUAAUGGGGUGGUGGUGAGGAAUGGAGAGGAUGGGGGUGAGAGUUUUAAGAGGGAUAUGAGGGAUUUGGAGGAAUUGUUGUCCAAGUUGAAUCCCAUGGCCGAGGAAUUCGUGCCUCCCUCUCUUGCCAAUAAUCAUGGUUACUUUGAUGGUGGUGUUGUAGGGUUUGGGUAUCCUAACGAUUAUUUAGUACAGAAUGGUUUUGGCAAUGCCAAUGGAUACAGUGGUAGAAGGAGGAAGAAUGGCUAUAUUCAGGGGAAGCGAAGGAUGAAUGGUAGAAUGUCUCCGGCACAGAGAGAUGCGAUGAUUAGGAGAACUGUUUAUGUUUCUGACAUUGAUCAACAGGUUACUGAAGAGCAGCUUGCAGCUCUCUUUCUUAAUUGUGGACAGGUUGUUGAUUGUCGUGUUUGUGGUGAUCCUAACUCCAUUCUCCGUUUUGCCUUUAUCGAGUUUACUGAUGAAGAGGGUGCAAGGGCUGCUUUGAAUCUGUCAGGGACUAUGCUUGGAUACUACCCAGUAAGAGUGCUGCCUUCCAAAACAGCAAUUUCACCCGUCAAUCCAACAUUUUUGCCAAGGUCUGAAGAUGAACGCGAGAUGUGCUCAAGAACUAUUUAUUGCACGAAUAUCGACAAGAAGGUCACCCAAGCAGAUGUCAAAUUUUUCUUUGAAACAGUUUGUGGAGAGGUUCAUCGCUUGAGGCUACUUGGUGACUAUCAUCAUUCAACUCGUAUUGCUUUUGUUGAAUUCGCGAUGGCUGAAAGUGCAAUUUUAGCUCUUAACUGUAGUGGUGUGGUUUUGGGAUCAUUGCCGAUAAGGGUAAGCCCGUCAAAGACGCCUGUUCGGCCCCGUGCUCCUCGCCCUCCACUGCCCUGAAUCAUCCUUUCAUGUUUCCCAGACUGAUUUACCGCUAAUAGUUUAUCUUUACAUAUAUACGUAGUUACAGAAAUAUUUGAAUGUACUUGUGGCGUUUAUAUCCAUCCUUUUGUUCCUUGCGUUGCUGUCAAGCAUCCUGUUUUGCCCAGAGGGGAUAAUUUAUGGGUUAUUUUGUUUAGCUGUAGAGUUGGAUGGGAUUUUGAGGCUCUGAAUGGCAUAAUUUCAGCUGCACAAUGUGAUGAAUUCUAUAAGGAUGGUCCCGAGGAAAUCUAAUACUCUGUCUGUUGUUUCUAACAA